CUGCACACCACCUUGUCUAUUACCUACCUCUUCCGCCUUACUUGGCUACUUAGCCCCUCACCUUACCUCUGGGUAGGUACCUAGCUUGCCUCCACAACACUUCCCUUCCCUUUUCCCGAUUUACCCACGUACAUGCACAUGGCGCUAACACCCGGCCUGGACCUGGACUUAGACCUGGAUUUGGAUCUGGCGGCCUGGACAUCGGGACUAUUUGCAACUUGCACUGGCAACUGCAAAGCGCCUGCAUCUCUCCCCUCCUACAUCCACGCAGUGCAUCAGCCUCUAGUUUUUACCUUUGCCUCAACUUACUUCGGGUCACUUACCUUCCCACCUGCUUACCUCGUAAGAGUGCACAUACCUCGCUUCCACCCAUUCUGUCUUGCCUCGCCCCGAACUCUCUCUCUUUAUCUCUCUCUCUCCCUCCCGGGAGAAACAACAUCUUUCUUCUUCGUCCUUCUCGUCCGACGGCAUUCGACGACGAGAUACAACCUGUGUCGUCGUCGCGUUCGUUGUUCGGAAACGUCACUCGCUUUCAUCAUUGUCUGUCGUUCAAAUCCCACUAACGCACAGCUCGUGUCUCACCGACUGCCACCUCACCCUCUUCCAGCUCUGCAUCAUCGUCGCCUGCCACUCGCUGUCUUUGGUUAAGGCUGCCCGGAAACCACUCAGGUCGUCAUUUAGCCUACACUGACACUCUUUUCCGGCGUUCGCUCCCGCCUUUGUCCAUACCUAUCUCAACCAGAGCAUACUCAUGACAUUGGCAGCAGCACUAUCGCAAUAGAUUUUUAGGAGAAGAAGGUGGGAAAUAUUGGACAGUUCGCGGGCAGCCGACGGGGCACUUCAUUCGACAAAGGAACAUUUGCCCGCCGGAAAAAAAAGAAAGAAAAGAGACCCCACGUCCAAUCACCUCCUGCACUUCGCAUCCUUUC